CCACCGCCCUGGGGCCGACCAUACUGUGUACGGCCCAUGCAGCUUGAACCGAAGAGCUUGAGCCGGGGCACAUGUCUCUAAACCUCUCAUAUAUCUACACACCCUGUCGCCAGGCGUGCAAGCUUUGCACCCCGUCGACAUGCCUUCCCUCGUGGUUAUUGCCCAGCUAGUCACCGCCGGCAAAGAUGCCAGGCAGACUGUUGUCAGUGCUCUCGAGAAAGUCAGCCAGUAUUCGAAGCAGAACGAACCGGACGUUCCGCGAUAUGCCAUCUGUCUACCACGAGACGAAUCCGACGAGACGUCCGUCUGGGUGAUCGAGGAGUACGCCUCGCAGACCGCCCUUGACGCGCACAUGGCCUCGAAGGCUGUUACAGACCUGAUUGCCUUCUUUGGCGCCAACCCCACCCUGUUCGGCGGAGCACCGACCGUCACUACGUCGGAGACCUCGUCUGCGUUCACAAGGCCCGAAGCCGCAAAAGCUACCGAUCCCUUCAUUACAUACGCCUCGAUCGAAUACAAGGAGGGCAAGCGGGCAGAAGCGUUGGGGGGAUGGAAGAAUGUCGCCUCGGAAACAGAGACGAAUGAGCCGAAGACGUUGAGCUACAACAUUUACAAGAACAAGGACCACCCCGAAACUAUCAAGACGCUCGAGGUAUAUGCGGACCAGACCUAUUUUAAGGAGGUGCACGUUCCCAGCAAUGCCGUCCAGCAGAACCUCAAGCGAUACGGAAACGAGAUACGCGUUUCGCUAAAGCACGCCUUCUUGAAGCUUGUAGCAGGUUAUCUCGCGAAGGAGAAGGCUGCAUCGAAUCUAUAGAUCUCCCUCAAUCUCAACAUUUCUAUGC